AUGAAGCUCAACCUCGCGAACCCGUACACGGGUAUGCAAAAGACCGUGGAGGUCGACGAUGAAAAGCGCUUGCUCCCCUUUUUCGAGAAGCGUAUGGGAGCCGAGGUGCCCGGCGAUUCGCUCGGGGACGAGUUCAAGGGCUACGUCUUCAAAAUAUCGGGUGGUAACGACAAGCAGGGUUUUCCCAUGAUGCAGGGUGUUCUCACCGCCAGCCGUGUGAGGCUUCUGCUCAAGAAGGGUAUGAAGUGCUACCGUCCGCGCAGGACCGGUGAAAUGCGCCGCAAAUCCGUCCGCGGCUGCAUCGCCUCACCCGACCUCUCCAUCCUCAACCUCGUUGUCGUGAAAAAGGGCCCCCAGGAAAUCGCCGGACUCACUGACGAGGACAGGCCACGCCGUCUCGGUCCCAAGAGGGCUUCCAAGAUCCGCAGGCUGUUCAACCUCGGCCCCGAGGACGAUGUCCGCAAGUACGUCAUCAGGCGCAAGAUCGAGGGCCGCAACAAGACCAGGGCCCCCAAGAUCCAGAGGCUCGUCACUCCUCAGAGGAUCCAGAGGAAGCAGAGGCGCGUUGCCCUCAGGGUAGCGAAGGAGAAGGCCUCCCGCGAAUCCCUCAAGGCCUACUUCAAGAUGAUGGAGGAGUACAAGGCCUCCAAGGCCCCCGCCACUGAGGCCGAAGCCGCCGAGGUUGCCACCCGCAAGGGUAAGAAGGGAAAGAAGGUACAGAGCGCUGAACAGUGA